GAUUGUAUUUGUAGGUGCAACCAUUUGUUGCAUUUGGUGUUCUACAGCUGUUGGUGCAGCCAUGGAACAUGUGAGCUUUGAGGAGAGCUUGGAGGAGCUGAGGCAGACUUUCUUUUCCGGGAAAACCAGGAGUGCUGUUUGGAGGAAAUCUCAGCUAAGGGGACUUCUCAAUCUCAUCAGAGACAAGGAGGAUGAGAUUUUCACUGCUCUUAAAGAUGAUUUGGGCAAACACAGCGUUGAGGCUUAUAGAGAUGAGGUCGGGGUUAUAAUCAAAUCUGUAAAUCUAGCUUUGGACAGCUUGGCCAAAUGGAUGGCCAGCAAAAGGGUCUCGAUACCGUUGGUUGCAUUUCCAACAACGGGAGAGGUAGUGCCGGAGCCCCUUGGCCUUGUUCUCAUUUUCUCCUCUUGGAAUUUCCCCAUCGGACUCUCCUUGGAACCGUUGAUCGGCGCCAUAUCUGCUGGUAAUGUAGUGGUUCUAAAACCUUCUGAAGUAGCUCCUGCAUGCUCAUCUUUUCUGGCCAAAUACAUCCCAAUGUACAUGGACACUACAGCCGUUAAGGUCUUCGAAGGUGGGCCAUCCAUCGGCCAACGGCUCUUAGACAAUAAAUGGGACAAGAUCUUUUUCACCGGGAGCGCGAAAAUUGCACGUGUGGUCAUGGCUGCGGCAGCAAAGCAUCUCACCCCUGUGAUCCUUGAGUUGGGUGGGAAAUGCCCGGCGGUGCUUGACACCCUUACAAAUUUCAAUGACACAGAGGUCGCCAUGGAUCGGAUAGUCGGCGCUAAAUGGGGGCCCUGCAAUGGGCAAGCUUGUAUUGCGAUAGAUUAUCUCCUCGUGGAAAAGAAAUUUGCACCUACUUUGAUUAAUGCACUGAAGAAGACUAUGAAGAAGUUCUAUGGAGAGAACCCAAAAGAGUCUGCAUGCAUAUCGAAGAUUGUUAACAAGAAUCAUUUCAUGAGGCUGAAGAGUCUUCUGAAAGAUCCAACGGUUGCAGCUGCGAUCGUCCAUGGCGGUUUAGUGGACGAUGACAAUCUGUUUAUUGAGCCAACAAUCUUGUUGGAUCCCCCACUAGAAGCUGAGAUCAUGACCGAAGAAAUCUUCGGCCCACUGCUUCCAAUCAUCACUGUGAAGAAUAUUGAAGACAGCAUCGAAUUUAUAAGAUCAAGGCCUAAGGCUCUCUCUAUAUACGUCUUCACUAGAGAUGAAACACUCAAGCGACGAUUUAUAUCAGAUACGUCCUCUGGAAGCAUCACCUUCAACGACGCCGUGGUUCAGUUCGUAUGUGACAGCCUACCGUUCGGAGGAGUGGGGCAUAGUGGCUUUGGCAAGUACCAUGGGAAAUUCUCCUUCGACGCAUUCAGCAAUGAUAAGGCAAUCCUUAGAAGAAACUACAAUGAUUUCAGCUUCAGGUACCCGCCAUGGAACGCUGACAAGCUUCGCUUCAUCCGAGCCGUCUAUGAUUUCGACUAUUUGCGCCUGAUACUGUUGUUACUGGGCCUUAGUAGAUCUUGAUUGCAUGGUCCAUUUGCCACUCCAAAAGUAAGGUGUAAGAACAAUGUAUGCAUGAAAUAAACAUUAAUGCUCUGGCGGAGUAUGAUGAUCCGUAGGCAUCCGCAUGGCUA